ACAAACAAUAUUCAGCAGUCAACGUUCCAGUUCCUUUCGAAUGAGAUCCUGAAAAAGUCACAGGAAUGUCCUAUAAAAGCGACGAACCCAGCGACACAUCGUCCACCGAAUAUGAUUCGGAUGAAGAGCAGCUAAUUAGCACUUUCCAAAACAAAAACUUCAAAUCAGAUUCCUCUCUCAUGAUCCAUCCAAGCAGGGGAAAGGUCACAGCCAGUGGCAUUGUGAGCAGUCCCUGUGAGGAGAACAUUGAGGAUCGCCAUCUGAAGGCAGUGCUUGUGCUUCCCGAUUUGAAGGAGCGAGCAGCCAUGUCCUCCAUGGAAGGUCUGUACGAACUGUCACAGCGGCUGGCAGGGACAUCGCCCAGACUGUUGCCACCAAAGGGUGUAAAGGACACUGGGAUCACAUAUUUCAAUGAGGAGGAGACAGGAGAAGAGCAGGUCGAUCAGCCUGAAGAGAUCGCAGAUGCAGAUACGAUCGAUCAGCUUCAAGAAGUUCCAACAGGAAAGCAUUUCGUUCGUUAUCGGAUUUACUCCAGCUGGUCCCCAACCAUGAAGCAAAAAAAACCUAACAAGAAACUCGGGAAGAGUUGGGCUAAUGCACGUUUUGCGGCUCAUAUGAAAAGUAGACUCAAGGAACUCCACCAAGAACCCACCGCAGAAGCCACACCCCAGAAAGUGUUCAAAUUGAUGAAGCAAAUCGCCACUGCAGUGCAAUCCGAGGUCUUCAAGGUGCUCCUGCUCCUGGGCGUGGCUUGCCUCAUGUCCAUCUUACUUUACGGCAUAGAUGCCUCGGUGGAGGAGUCUUCCAAGCUUCUACCACGAUAAGAUUCCUGAAAGUUGAUUUAUUUUAAUAGUUUAUGUUCAAAGUUCACACAACAUUUUGCACUCAAACAAAUUUAAGGCAGAGAAACGCUCGUGAUUAUUUGUUUGCCAUAAAAAGAGGGCAGACCACAACAUGAUUAUCCCUUAAUUAAUGCCUUCCCUUCCC